GGUACAGAGCAGCCGAGCCCUCAGAGAAACCGGCUCGGGGAACGAGCCGGAAUUCAUUCGCCGCUUCGGCGUCCAAGAGUACGGAUACCGUCCCUGUCCUUAGAGCGUCCUUUACUGGACGCUAACUGACCGCUUUCGACACGCGCUGCCGUGAAAUGCGCCGCAUCGCUCCAGUCGCCUGACGCGCGUGCUCGCCCCGAGCUCGCAGCGCGCGCGAGAGAGAGAGAGAGAGAGAGAGAGAGCGACGAAGAACCAGAGAGAACCUGCUGCAGUUCGGCUGCUCACCUGAACGAACGGCCUCCUUCAGCUCUCGACAUGGCCUCUGAGCAAGAGACCGUCCGACGCCGGUUGCUGGAGCUUCUCGACAGACCAGGAAACGGGGUGUGCGCGGACUGCGGCGCUCCAGGCCCAGAGUGGGCGUCCUUCACCUUGGGCAUCUUCAUGUGUCAGAGCUGUUCAGGCAUCCACCGCAACAUCCCUCAGAUCAGCCGGGUCAAGUCCAUCUUCCUCGACCCCUGGGAGAACUCUGAGGUCGAAUUCAUGGCCUCCACCGGCAACAGCGCUGCCAAAGCCAAGUACGAACAGAAGGUGCCGGCGUUCUAUUACUGCCCGACACACACAGACUGCCAGCUGCUGCGAGAACAGUGGAUUCGAGCCAGAUACGAGAGGAGUGAGUUCAUACACGUGGAGAGACAAGAGCCGUAUUCAGCAGGCUACAGGGAAGGGUUUCUAUGGAAACGUGGGCGAGACAACGGCCAGUUCCUGAGCCGAAAAUUUAUUCUGUCCGAACGGGAGGGAGCACUGAAAUACUUCAACAAGCAUGACGCCAGAGAGCCCAAGGCCUUGAUGAAGAUACAAACCAUCAACGCCACCUUCCAGCCAACAAAGAUUGGCAACCCUCAUGGACUCCAGAUAACCUAUCUGAAGGACAACAGUACCAGGAACAUCUUUGUGUACCAUGAAGAUGGGAAGGAAAUGGUUGACUGGUUCAACGCCAUAAGAGCUGCUAGAUUCCAUUACUUACAAGUUGCUUUUCCUGGAGCGCAUGAUGUUGAUCUGGUGUCCAAACUAACGAGGAACUACAUUAAAGAAGGUUACAUGGAGAAGACUGGUCCAAAGCAUACGGAAGGUUUUAAGAAGCGCUGGUUUACUUUGGAUGACAGGAGACUCAUGUACUUCAAAGACCCUUUGGACGCUUACGCGCGAGGUGAAGUGUUCAUCGGCAGUAAGGAGAGUGGAUACACAGUGUUACCAGGCCUGCCCUCCUCCACCCAGGGCUACCACUGGCAGUUUGGCAUCACCAUAGUGACUCCAGACAGAAAGUUCCUGUUUGCCUGUGAGACAGAGGAUGAGCAGAAGGAGUGGAUAGCCGUGUUUCAGGGCGUGGUCAACAGACCUAUGUUACCUCAGGAGUAUGCAGUGGAGGCCCACUUUAAGCAUAAGCCAUGAGAGAGGCUGGGGAGAGAGAGCUCUGUACUGGUGCAGGACUCGGAGCAGCUACGGAAGCCCUCAGGGGACACACAGCACCAGAGCCUAUCGCAAGGGGCAUGGAGAGACACCGCAGGCCAAGACAGCAGGCCGUGCCGACUCUGCGACUGUGCCAACUUUGUGCUUUAAAAUACUGUUCAUAAACAUCCACCCAGCCACCUCUCUGCAUCGUCCAGUGCCAUUGUGUAAAUGACCAUUCUUUACUCCUUUAUAGCAAAGAUGUCGUUUGAUGGAGACAUUAAGUAAAAGGGAGAUAGAACUCGAUCACACGGCGCAGGUCAGUAGAAUGUAUUGCUGCUGUCGGCACUUUGACCUGAGAAUGUAUGAUUCCUUGAAGUAGCCUGAGAGACGUGCAUAACUACCAGGUAAAUGUGUCAAAUGUAACUCCAGUUGAUUAUUUAUUUAUUUAUUUGUUUGUUUGUCUUACUGUGUUGAGCUGAGAGUCAGGUAUACUUGUGUGAAUAUCAAAGGACGACAUUUGAAGAGAAAUUUUGUGGCCAUGUAAUCAAUCAGCUAUAAAUUCACUUGUUGAGCUUUGAGGACGUUCCGCGCAUAAAAAAUAUUUGAAAGAAAAAUGCCCUUGGUGUAUGUCUUAUGGACAAAUCUUCCACUAACACCGUUCUCAUGAAAUUGCAAAUGUCUCCCAGUAGAGUGCACUGCUGUCACGUUACAACUCAAGAUUUUUUUUUUCUUUUUUCUUGUAAGUUUGGGGAGAGAGGCUGCAUCCAAAACCACAGACUACCAUCCUAAAUCGUGUUAAAUGUACAGUAGUACUGCUUUCAGUAGUGUGGUAUGCACAGUAUGUCAGUAAGUGGUUUGAUCUGCAAGGUCAGCAUCUAACCAAAGCACUGCCAACAGUAAACUUCAGGCAUAUAUGAUAAACUCCUUAUUGUCAGACAUCUCAGAAGUUUGUCUUGCAUCACAGCCACUCCAUUACGCAGACACUAGUCCUGUUUCCUGGACUCAGAUUUAGCUUAAACUUGCAUUGAAGCUUUUCAAUCAUAAAAUUCCCGUUGUGGCGUCACCAUUUAAUCCUAGACUAUGUUUAAAUCCAUGUCCAGGAAACUAGCACAACAUUAUAAACCUACACAUAAGACCGCCUCACUGGCUGAAGCCUGAUACUAAUGUAGAGUGAGUUCAACAGGUGGCACAUCAAAGAGCCAAUCAAAUGUGACUAUGAAGAACUUUCACAAGGAUGCUUUCACUGUGUCUGCUCUCUGGUCUGACAUCAUUACUGUGUGCAUGGACAUAAUUUGGAAUCGGAUAUAUAAAGAGAUAAAACAUCGACUUUUUAAAAAAUAAAUGUUUAGGCCAACAAAAAACUAUAAAUAAUGUUUAGUUCUAAAAUGCAUGAAACAGCUUUCAGAAGAUUCUUCAGUGACAUAUUCUUAUACUUUCAAACCUGGUUACAUCCAAUAUUGUUAUGAAUACAUUUACAGCAUUUGGAUCAUAUAUUGUCAUAUGAUUGUAUUUAUUUGACAAGGUGGGCUUUAAUUAUUACCUUUUAAAGGUAUCCAAUAUUAUGACCUGUACAUCGCUGUAACCGCGAUGGUGUGAAACAUAUCAGUGUUAGUAUUUAAGCCAGGCUGUUAUUGAUGUCCUGUGUGCUGUGGCAAAAAGAAGCUACAUGCAAUGCUUUUUGUUACACAUUUACAUUUGAGGGGUUUGGGACACCUGACAUAAACACAAGAUAAAUGAUUAUAUAUGUAGCUUUUAUUUAGGUUUGCUUUAUCUACCAAAGAGCAUCUCCAUUUCAUUGAAUUCACGCUAGUAGAAGAACGUUAUCAAAUUGGUCCAAAACCACAAAUUGCAAAUUGAAUUUUAUCCUUGGCUACAAAAAGAUUUCAGAACAUCAUGUAUUGCCAACUGAAACUUUUAUUAAACAUGAAAUUAAUGAGUGAGCAGCCGAAGUCUCAAAAAGGUCACAAUGCAUUGCCAGGGUGCAGAUUAUAGUUAUAACUGGAAAGCAGAAGACACACAUAAUGUAUAGUUAUUUCCAUAAUCAAAGUAUUAAAGAUAAAAAACAACAAAAGCUGACUAGGGAAACCAAUAGCUACCUCUACUUAACAGCAAUCACGAACAUAGUGAUUGCGAAAAAUUGGCAAGUAGACAGAAUCAAAGAGCAAAAUCA